CUUCGCCCAACCCUCCCGACAGCAACAUACUUACUCAGUCAAUAGCCUGCUGCAAAUCAGCAUUGCCGGCGACAGUAACCAGACAUGGCCGGCAAAGGCCCACAUUGUUCAUUUGUUCUUCUCGCCGAGUUUGACAUUGAUAGUGGUGCCCAGCUCACGUACCAGUUUCCUCAGCCGCUGGGAACAGACGAGGGUUUGCUUGCAAAUCUUAUGCUUCCAGAUGGAGCAGAGAGGCACCUUGAAGAUUGGACCAUCUUCUUCCUCAACCAGACGCCGUUCAAUACCAUUGCACCAGUUCUUGCUUUGGAGACGGAACCGAGUGACAAUCAGUCAAAUGGAGAGGACGACCGCCCGGAACUGUUAUAUGUUCUCAACCUGGUGCGGACGAAGCAUGACAAGUCGGUUCGGAGAGGUGCCGUAGUGAAAGCGAUGGCUAUUUGCACACGACAUCCAUUCAUCCAAAUAUUCAAGCCCGUUCUCCUCCUUGCACUCGAUGACUAUUUUGCAAACCCAUCCCAAGAAUGUCUUACGCGCCUAUUUGAUGCGAUUAAUUCGAUGAACAUCAGUGCUGCGCCUGCGCUUACACGAUGUGAAAAACUAAUUAUGCGCGCCUCAGAGCGCAAAGACAUCUUUGCGGAGAAGUUCACUCAUAUACCCCCAUUUCCUCUCAAGGCUGCACACAAGACGACAGGAUCGAAUGGCUCACAUUCAUCUGAAGACGGGGUUCUCAUCGGUGCUCGCUCGCGCUCUACGACAGCUACCUCUGAUCAUAACCCUACCCACCCGUCCUCUCCGUCGGACAGCUCGUUCAGUCUUGGUGGGAGUGCAGUAUGGGUGAAUGAUGACAGCGUUAUAAUUGAUAGUCAAGUGGGUGUUGCAAUAGGUGCAGGCCCAGGAAGCGUCGGUGGUGCUUCAGUGAGCGGUAGCAGUGUUCUUACUAGCCGCGGGCGGCGUAGCACUGAUACAAGCUCGAACUCGAGCCACGCUUAUAGUGGUGGCGCAAUACCCACAUCAUCCGACCCACAUUUGCGGUCGGGGAUAUCCAAAGAUACCCAUUUCUUUCAGACAAGCAUUGCAUACAAAGGACAUACCCUGCCAAUCAAACUGCCUCUGGCCACCUUUCCUGAGGAAGUCGGAGAGUAUUCCCUAAUCCAACUAAUACAAACGUUUUCUUCGCCUCUCAUCACAAUCUCUGGACCGCUACACCCACAUCUACACACGAACGGAAUUCUCACGCACCCAAUAAUAAUUCUCUUCAACGCGCUUGUUACUGGCAAACGCAUCCUCUUCCUUGGUCAUAAUAUCCCUGCUGGACAGGUCGCCAAUUAUGUCCUUUCUGCUUGUGCCCUGGGCUCUGGAUGUGGUGCAGUACUACGAGGAUUCAUUGAGCGAUCAUUUCCUUACGCCGGACUUGCGGGCGAGGAUUGGGUUUCAACGCCGGCAUACAUAGCAGGCGUAACUAAUCCUAUCUUCGAAACCAGUGGACCCUGGGAUCUUUUGAUGGACAUCGGCACAGGUCGUGUUGUCGUGCACAAAGACAUACACGUAUCUUUCCCAACUACGAUGGCACCGCCUGCACUUGUCAACCCAAUGAUGCCACGUCCGAUAAAGGCGGAAAACUCGACCGGGAGCGAGGAUGAUAUCCAGCGUAUCGCAACUCGAGACGGGAAGGACGGGAACCAAAAGAGCGAGUUUGCAGCGAAGCAAGACAGCUUAGAUAACAUGUUCAUUGAGGAUCUGAUUUCAGCAAUCACCUCGCACUUCGGGGAGACGCUGGUGCGGAUGCGAUUUACGGAGUACGUCUCGCGCUUCGUUCGGCUAGCGUCGCGGUACGAGGAGCUCGUUGUGGGAUCGACGAAGCUUGGAUGUGGUAGCGCACCAUUUUUAGACGGGUCCCUGGGCAGCGGUAUCGUGUUUUCGGACGAGGCAGUUGCAUUUAAGGAGCUUGCUGCGAAUGCAAGUCGGAUUGAGGGUUGGCGAAGGAGCAAGUCCUAUCAAUACUGCGUCCAGGAUUUCAAAAAACAUCGGGCAACCGCUGCUAUUCAGGGAUUCGACCUAUCUCAUCAACUUUUGAAAUUGCGGCUGGUGAAAAACUUGCCAGACGCGGAAGUCGAGCUCAUCGUGCGUUCGAUAGCAGACAACUUGAGGACAUACGAACAAAUAGUUGAGCUGCUUGCUUGUAUGCCGCCACAUGCCGGAGGAUUACAGCCUCUGAGUUUUUGCCUAUUUCACCAUCAAGAAUCUAUUCGGGAAGCUACCGUUGGUAUUUUCAACGAGCUGCGUCAGAACCCCGUCGGGGUGAUUUUUCUGCAAGCUCUGAAUCACUUCCAGAGGUAUGCCUAUGUUCGACAGGCGCACGCUCGUGAAUCACGCAUGAAGGAUUUGAGCCAUGGUCUAGCCCCACCACCUCACUUGGUAUCACGGACGCCGUCCAACCGCAGUGAAGUCAGUCUAGGGGUGAUGUGAGCAUGGAGAAAUGUCGUCAGUUUGCAAGUUCCCGUC